AGCCUUUCACCUAUGACGCAGUAGCCAACAUGGCGGCGUUUAACCCGCUAACAAAAAAGUCCUGACGUUUGAGUAAUGAUAAACAAUAAUUUUAAGGUUGCUUUUGUUCUAUUUCAGGGAAGAAUACAUUUACUGUAUGUUAUAAUCUGUAGUUCUUUUAAUGUUUCCAGACAUUCUUCAGUUAUCUGCGCUAGCACGAAGCUAGCAUGCUAAAUAGACGUUGCCUGGGAUUGAGCUAACAAUCCCUCCGUCACAGCCAAACUGAGUUUAGACUUGUUAUUUUUGUUAGAGACGCACAUUCAUGUUUAUAUUCAUGCAGCUCACGUUAUAUUCUGUGUUGUAGACAUUUGCUUAAAAAAAACUUUUGUUUUGCUUUCGGAUGAUUCGUUAUAGAAAAUCUUGAAUUAAAGCCGAUUUUAUGAGGAAGGGAUUUUUGUUUUGAUCGAGAAAAGUCAAAAGAAAAAAUGACUUCCAUCAUCAAGCUGACGGCCGUGUCGGGGGUCCAGGAGGAAUCGGCCCUCUGUUACCUGCUGCAGGUGGACGAAUUCCGCUUCCUCCUGGACUGUGGAUGGGACGAGACCUUCUCAAUGGACAUCAUCGAUGCCAUGAAGCGAUAUGUUCACCAGGUGGACGCCGUCCUGCUCUCGCACCCUGACCCCAUUCACCUGGGAGCCCUGCCCUACGCCGUGGGCAAACUGGGUCUGAACUGCACCAUUUACGCCACCAUUCCCGUCUACAAAAUGGGCCAGAUGUUCAUGUACGACUUGUAUCAGUCGAGAAACAACAGCGAAGACUUCACGCUCUUCACCCUCGACGACGUGGAUAGUGCUUUUGAUAAGAUCCAGCAGCUGAAAUACUCCCAGAUUGUCAAUCUGAAAGGAAAGGGGCACGGUCUUUCAAUCACCCCUCUCCCGGCCGGACACAUGAUCGGAGGCACCAUUUGGAAGAUCGUCAAAGACGGCGAGGAGGAAAUCGUAUAUGCAGUGGACUUCAAUCACAAGAGAGAAAUACACCUUAACGGCUGCACCCUGGAGAGCAUUAGUCGACCAUCGUUACUCAUUACAGACUCCUUCAACGCCGCUUAUGUGCAGCCACGGCGCAAACAAAGAGACGAGCAGCUGCUGACGAACGUAAUGGAGACCCUGCGUGGUAACGGUAACGUCCUUAUUGCCGUGGAUACGGCCGGCCGCGUGCUGGAGCUGGCGCAGCUCCUGGACCAGAUUUGGAGGACGAAGGACGCUGGGCUCGGAGCUUACCCGCUAGCUCUGCUCAACAACGUCAGCUACAACGUGGUGGAGUUCUCCAAGUCCCAGGUGGAGUGGAUGAGCGACAAACUGAUGAGGUGCUUCGAGGACAAAAGGAACAACCCCUUUCAGUUUCGACACCUGAACCUUUGCCACAGUCUGGCCGACCUGGCCCGGGUACCCAACCCCAAGGUGGUGCUGUGCAGCCAACCGGACCUGGAGUCGGGCUUCUCCAGAGAGCUCUUCACCCAGUGGUGCCAAAAUGCCAAAAACUCCAUCAUCCUCACCUACCGGACCACGCCAGGAACCCUGGCCCGCUAUCUCAUCGACAACCCCGGAGAAAAGAUGCUGGAUUUGGAGGUCAGGAAAAGAGUAAAGCUCGAAGGGAAGGAGCUGGACGACUAUCUUGAAAAAGAGAAAAUGAAGAAAGAGGCGGCUAAAAAGCUGGAACAAGCAAAAGAGGUGGACGUGGACUCGAGCGAUGAGAGUGACAUGGAAGACGACCUGGACCAGCCGGCGGCGGUGAAAACCAAGCAUCACGACCUGAUGAUGAAGGGCGAGGGGAACCGCAAAGGAAGCUUCUUCAAACAGGCCAAGAAGUCAUACCCGAUGUUCCCCGUGCACGAGGAGAGGAUCAAGUGGGACGAGUACGGAGAAAUAAUCAGGGUUGAAGACUUCUUGGUCCCCGAGCUGCAAGCCACGGAGGAAGAGAAGAGCAAACUGGAAUCCGGCCUGACGAAUGGAGAUGAGCCCAUGGACCAGGAUCUGUCCGUCGUCCCCACAAAAUGCGUCUCGAGUGUUGAGAAUUUUGAAAUAAAAGCACGGGUGACGUACAUAGACUACGAAGGUCGCUCCGACGGCGACUCCAUCAAGAAGAUCAUCAACCAGAUGAAGCCCAGGCAGCUCGUGAUCGUCCACGGGCCGCCGGAGGCGAGCCUGGACCUGGCCGAGUCCUGCAAGGCCUUCAGCAAAGACAUCAAGGUCUACACGCCCAAACUGCAGGAGACCGUGGACGCCACCAGCGAGACUCACAUCUACCAGGUGCGUCUGAAAGACUCCCUGGUGAGCUCCCUGCAGUUCUGCAAGGCCAAAGACACGGAGCUGGCCUGGAUCGACGGGGUGCUGGACAUGCGCGUCGCCAAGGUGGACACCGGCGUCAUGCUGGAGGAGGGUGUGAAGGAGGAGGAGGAGGAGGACGGCGGCGGUGUCAGCGGCGAGGUGCCCAUGGAAACCGCCCUGGAGCUCGGCAUCGACCACGACGCCACGGCCGUGGCAGCGCAGCGCGCCAUGAAGAGCCUGUUCGGAGAGGACGAGAAGGAGAUGUCCGAGGAGAGCGACGUCAUUCCCACGCUGGAGCCGCUGCCUCCGACUGAGAUCUCAGGGCAUCAGUCUGUGUUCAUCAACGAGCCCAGGCUGUCGGACUUCAAGCAGGUCUUGCUGAGAGAAGGCAUCCAAGCUGAAUUUGUGGGGGGAGUUCUGGUAUGCAACAACGUGGUGGCCGUCCGCAGGACGGAGCCGGGACGCAUCGGUCUAGAAGGCUGCCUGUGUGACGACUACUAUAAGAUCCGGGAGCUGCUGUAUCAGCAGUACGCUGUUGUAUAACUGCAGAAGGACCCACGGAUGCAGAGCACACAUUCUCUACACACAGACAUAAGAAGGACUUUAAAACGGUGUUCACCCGCCCCACGGACCGCUCUACCAUUGUUGUUUUCAGUACGUUUUCCUUUUUAUACUUUAGUUCCAGUCGUUUUUUUAAAUUGUUUACCUUUGUAAAGUGAGAGGCCGGUUGUUUGCCUUUUUUGGACUUCUUCAUGUGAACCCCUGUGAAAUUGUCACAUUUCUACAAAUCCACCCAGUGGGAAGCUGUGUUCCCUCUGGUCUUGUCAGUAAAUAGUUUUUUUCCUGCAAA